GUAUAUCCUUGCUGUGAAGAAUACCAACCCAAAGGAACAAUGGCUCUUGUAUCAUCAGUUCUAAUGCAAUUGCCGUCUGAGCCAAAAUCAAUCCUUUUCUUUUCUAUUUUGUGCUUCAUAAGUGUUAUUAUGUUCAUGCUUAAGCUCAAAAGAAAAAACAAUUACAAUCUGCCUCCAUCCCCACCAAAGCUACCAAUUAUUGGAAAUCUUCAUCAACUAGGCACACUCCCACACCGCUCCUUGCAAACACUCUCUAAAAAGUAUGGCCCUCUCAUGUUGUUGCAGCUUGGACAAACAAAAACUCUUGUGGUUUCGUCGGCGGAUAUGGCCAGAGAAAUAACAAAAACACAUGAUGUUGCUUUCUCCAAUAGGCCUGAGUCUACAGCUGCUAAAAUCUUUCUCUAUGGAUACCAGGAUAUUGGUUUUGCACCCUACGGCGAGGAGUGGAGACAAAAAAAGAAGAUCUGUGUUCUUGAUCUUUUGAGCCAGAAAAGGAUGGGAUCUUUUCAUUCCAUCAGACAAGAAGAAAUUACAGAGUUGGUUGAUACUAUACGUGAUGCAUGUGCGAGUAAAAGAUCCUCUGUGAAUCUAAGGGAGAUGUUGUUUGCAGCCUCAAACAAUAUAGUAUCUAGAUGUGUUCUUGGACAAAAAUAUGAUACUCCAGAUGGUACUACAAGCAUUGGAGUGCUAGCAAGGAAAAAUAUGAAAUUAUUGGCAGCUUUCAGCGUUGGCGAUUUCUUCCCUUCAUUGGGUUGGAUUGAUGUUCUUACGGGCUUAAUUUCAGAAAUUAAGUCCACUUCUGCUGCAUUAGAUGCUUUCUUUGAUGAGGUAAUUGCACAACACAAGAGAAGCAACAAAAACGAUGACAAAAACGAUAUUAAAGACUUUGCAGGGAUCCUCCUUCAACUUCAAGAGGGUGGGAAGCUUGACUUUGAGCUUACACAAGAUAACCUCAAAGCAAUCCUAAUGGACAUGUACGUCGGUGGAAGUGACACUACUUCAACCAAUCUGGAAUGGGCUUUUGCUGAGCUCGUUAAGAAUCCAAAUACCAUGAAGAAAGUCCAACAAGAGGUAAGAAGAGUUGUGGGGAAAAAAUCAAAAGUGGAUGAAAAUGAUGUGAAUCAAAUGAACUACUUGAAAUGUGUAAUCAAGGAAACUUUGAGAUUACAUCCACCCGUUCCCCUUUUGAUUCCUCGAGAGACAAUAUCAAGUGUGAAACUAAAAGGGUAUGAUAUUCCCCCCAAAACAAGGGUAUUUAUGAAUGCAUGGGCAAUACAGAGAGACCCUGAAUUAUGGGACAAUCCUGAAGAGUUUCUUCCCAAGAGAUUUGAAGGUAACCAAGUUGAUGUUAAAGGACAAGAUUUUCAAUUAAUCCCAUUUGGAAUUGGGAGAAGGGGAUGUCCUGGAAUUUCGUUUGGGCUUGCUUCUACAGAGAAUAUACUUGCUAAUCUUCUAUAUUGGUUCGAUUGGAAGCUACCUAAAACUGGUGUAUUGAUGCAGGACUUAGACAUGAGUGAGGUGAAUGGACUCACUGUCUCCAAGAAAAUACCACUUCAUCUUGAACCAAUACUAUACUCUUUUGGUUCUAAACCUUGACAUAUUAUUGUGACAUUAUUGGUCUAAGAAAUGUUAUGUAGCUUUUAUUCUGGUAAUUUGUUUUGUUUCUUGAAUGUGGUUUCACUUUUCAUUCUCUUUGUACUUUGAAGUGGAAGAUAUUAAUAAAAUUUUG